AUGGGCAACGACGGAGGGAGCAUUCCAACGCGGCGUGAGUUGGUGAAGGAGGCAGCGAAGAACCCAUCCGCCGCUGAGAAGAAGGAAUCACAGCACGAACAGCAGGAGUACUACUGGACCACAGAUCCCAUCUCUCAAAAACCCCUGGCGCAGCCCGUGGUAUCAGACUGCAACGGGAAGCUCUACAGCAAAGAGACCAUCUUGGAAUUUCUGGUCGAAGGCACCCGCAAGGAGGAUGCCGAGGCCGCCACCCGAGGGGAGGUGAAGAGCCUGAAGGAUGUGGUGGAGGUCAAGUUUGAGGCGGACAGCGACUCUGCUACGACAGUCAAUGGAAACGGGAAGCGCGAAAACUGGAAAUGUCCCGUUACUGGUGAUCGACUUGGUCCUGGGUCGAAGGCGGUGUAUCUUGUGCCUUGCGGACAUGCUUUCUCCGGCAGUGCUAUUAAGGAAGUGUCAGGCGAGAGAUGCAUCACUUGCGAGACUGAAUAUGCAUCGAACGACAUCAUUCCAAUUUUGCCGACGUCUGAGACCGAUCUUGCGCGCCUUUCGCUACGGAGCAAGACUUUGAAGGAGAAAGGGCUGACGCACUCCCUUAAGAAAGCCUCAGGAACGAAGAAACGCAAAAAGAAGGAUGUUGAAGCUGCAGAUGCCACCGAACCUGCCACUGGCGCCGUUCCUGCUGAUGCGAAGUCUGAUACCCAACGAACCUCCACCCCUGUCAACGGCGCAGAUGGCAAAUCCAGCCUCUCUGGUAUCAACAACUCGUCCACUGCUUCACUGACUGCAAACGUCAUAGCAGAGCAGGAUGCCAAGAAGCGCAAGACCGAGAGCGACGUUGUGCGGGGACUGUUCUCAAGCAAAGAUCAGUCAAAGCCGAGUGGGAGGAGCGGCGACUUCAUGACUAGAGGGUUCAGCAUACCGAGUGCAGCCAAGCGAUGA